AGCACUUGCACUAAAGAAUAUUAAAUCAAAGAAGUAAUAUUUAAGAGAAAAGAAAAAAAAAUGGACCCAGAGGAGACUUUUCCAGCCCCAACAGGCCCGUGUCAUUGGCGGUUCAGGUGUUGGACCUCCCCUGGUUCAACCUGGGCGAGUUAAUCCAGACAGGAACCGAGCGCUGAGAGGUCAGCGUCGUCACGACCUGGCGUGGUCAGACAAUAUGAUUGACCGGGCUCAGGUCAGAGCAACCGACCGAUCCAGUGGAGCCCCCAAAAAACUGGGGACCGGACCCAUUGAUGGCGAACUCAUUGUCUAUCGUGAUAGGAGGAUUUGACCGCGCCUGGUCUUUGAGUCUCCACCGGCGAGGAUCGUUUAUUGAACCUGCGCGGCCGGGGAAAGCAGAACGGGGAGUCUGGCAGCGGAGCCUGUGCUGUUGCGGUGACUUUGUCCGCUUGCGUACGUUAAGUCCGACUUUUUUUUUUAUUUUAAUUUUUUUUUAUUUUUUGUGUGCUAUUUUUCUGUCCACGGUUGAGGUUGCAGUCGUACACGAGUUGCACUCGUGGUCUUACCGGAAUUUCCUCGAUUGGGAGAAACGGGGGAUGGCGCUCCUGGACAAGGAGGCUGGUGAUCUUGGGAGGGGCCAAGGCACAAGAAAUCAAAGGGUCGCAACGCCAAGCGUGGUGGCCACUGUUUACCGAGCAAGCGACUGGAGAUACGAUGCGAUCAAAUCAAGGGCACCGGAUCAGCUGCUGAUCGUGUCAGAGAAGUGUCGCAGGAGCGUUGGCUGUCAGCAUGGGCUGCAGUCCUGUCAGCUAUCGGUCUGUACGAGGCGUGUACCAUGAUGACCCUAUGGACGACGAAGGCGGAAGGGAAACGAGAGGCCUGGGAUGGCCGACCGAGCCACGGUCCGGUUGCAGUCCAGAUUGAUCCAUUUUA